GGCUCCACCUAUUGCAUCAAAUCAGGCAAGGGCAGUGCACAGUAACACAGACACAUGUAAAGAAAACGCAGGCAGACAUGUCUAACGUUCUACAAAUAUCUCCGGCCAGCAAAAUUACAUAUUUAAACACAAAACCCCCAUUUUGUUUUCCCAAUUUCAAUUUGAUUAGAGCGAUUGCUUGCCCCCCGAAUCUUGUAGCUGUUUGUCCAAUAAAAACCCAUUUUGGAGUAGGAAAAAUCGAAGCUUUAGCCAAGUAUGGCGAAGAAGGGUCAGUUCAGGGACUCGAUGACUCGCCGGCGUCGAUAGAGUUGCAACCUAUUUCCAGUGAAUCUCAGUUCGACCGGGUCGUCGCCGAGGCCCAACAACUCGGUGAAUCACUGGUCAUUCUAUGGAAGGCAAGCUGGUGCAGAAAAUGUAUAUAUUUGAAACCGAAAUUGGAGAAGUUGGCUGCCGGUUAUUACCCCAGUAUACGGUUCUAUAGUGUUGACGUGAAUAGUGUUCCACACAAGCUUGUUGUAUGCGCGGGAGUCACUAAAAUGCCGACAAUACAGGUGUGGAAGGAUGGCAAGAAACAAGGUGAGGUGAUUGGGGGAAACAAAGCACAUUUGGUUGUUAAUGAGGUUAGGGAAAUGAUUGAGAAUAAUGAAUCUGCUUUGUGACAUUCUUUACA